CUCAGGAAAAAGAUAUAGGAUAUUGGAAAUUGAAUAAAGUGAGUUGGAGUUGUUGCGGGGAUUCCGCCUUUUUGCGUUGCAUUAUGAAUUAUAACUCGAUAAUGAAUGCAACAAGUUAUAAUGGAGUGGAUAGUAAAGACGAAGUUCUAUCCUCUUUGGAAAAAUUAUCUAAAACGGAACUUGAGACCUUAUUAUCUGAUCAUGAGGGCAUAAAGAAGUUAGCUAAAAAUUGCUCCGAUAUUAAGAAGAUCGAGUCUGACAAAGAAACCUGUAUGAAUGAAAAUCGACGUCAAGCUGAGGCAAAUCUAUCGAUGGAGCCAACUUUUAAUAUGAUCAAAACGGAGCUGGUAGAAACUUAUUCUAAUUACAAACAAUUAGAAGAUCAAUAUAUGAAACUUAAAUCGGAAGUUGACAAUAUCGGUACGAAAUACUCUCCGAGUGUAAUUCUUGCUUUAUUACAAACUGCCAAUGCACAAGCAGAAGAGCGAUCUGAAGAACUGGCUAAUAGGUUUCUUGACAAAUCCAUGGAUGUUGAUAUAUUUUUAAAAGAUUUCAUUCCUCUUCGUAAACUGUGCAAUGAACGUAGAUUUAAAUGUGAAAAGUUAGCGGAACAAUUAUCAUCCGGUCACUUAAGUGUAUCGAGUUUUUCCAAUACUCCUCAUAUGCCAUAUGUACCUAAUGUGAUGAUGAAUUCAGAUGUGUCAGCCAAUACAUCACAAAUUUAUCCUUCAUUGCUAUCUAAUAACACAAAUAAUCAUUUAACAUCAACGUAUGGCUUUAAAAUAUAAACAUUUUGAUUACAUAUGUAUAGUAUGUGCUUGCUUGUGUGCACAUAACCAAAUAUUUGUCUCGAUAAUCUCUUCCAUCGAUCAAAUUGCAGCUUCAGAUCGAUAAACAACUGUGUGAUCUGUCACAAAUUAUGCGUCAGUGGGGAGGUGUUGAGAUUGAACUCUCUAACAAUAUUAUUGAUAAUUCAGAUUUAACUUGCUUUUAUAUUAUUUAUUAGAACAGUUUAAACAACAAAAUUUGCUGUACGCCUCCUAACUUGUUCUUUUUCCAAUUAACUUUCAUAUUAUCUAUUUUUUAUGUAAGGAACUAAACCAAAUUAUCGCAUUCAUUGUAUUUAUGUCCAUAUUAGACAAAAAGUCAAUUAGAUGAGAUAAUCUUUUGUUAUCACUUUAAUUU